GCACUGCCCGAGAGCCCGGGUCAGUAGGGGGCCCCAUGAGAUGCCCCUGGUACCUUUUUCAUAGGCUUUUUUUAGUUUGGGCAAGGACACAGGGGCCCCAUGAUCCCCUAUUGCCCGGGGCCCCAAUGAGUUAUCAGUCCGCCCCUGUGCUCUGCUGUCAUAUUACAAUAGGCCGGGCGGGAAGGAGUUAAAAGACGGGAAGUGAGGGGAAAUAUCCCAAAUGGAUAGUAAAAGCCUGGCAAAGAUUUUAGCCCUUCCCACUUUGUUUAGAAAUAUAAAAAAGAAACUUUGGGG